AUGGCCUCUCACUCGCACCUCGGCGGCGCCGCCGACAUGGCCAACGUCAACAUCCCCUACAGCACGCCCAGCACCCCUCAUCCGCAGCACCAGGUCGGCUGGAUCGGUCUCGGCAACAUGGGCAUCAAGAUGGCAGCCAACUUGGCCAAGCACAUGCGCGAAAUGUCGCCUCCGCUCCCGCCUCUGCUCGUCUACAACCGCACCCCCUCGAAAGCCCAGGCGCUGGAAAAGGAGCUGUCCGGGCUGGUGAAAGCCGUCGACUCGGUCGAAGCCAUCGGUACGCGCUGCGAUCUCAUCUUCACCUCUCUCUCGGACGACGAUGCUGCCGAAUCGAUCUACGAUGCUCUCCUCCAAGCCGAAGAGAAGCGCGUGGGUAAGCAUGCUCAGGAGCGAAUCAGUUCCGGCUUCUCGACGCUUCUCGUGGACACCUCCACCCUUUACCCCGCAACCACCGGCAAGCUCGAACGCAAGAUCUCCGCCCUGCCCAAACGUCACUUUGUCGCCGCGCCCGCCUUUGGGCCUCCACCCAUGGCCGCGACGGCCAAGCUAGUCUUCGCCGUCGCUGGCCCGUACAACUCGAAAAAGUUCGCCUCGCAAUUCCUCGUCCCGGCGAUGGGACGCAAAAUCAUGGACUUCGGCUCCAACCCCGAACGCGCUGCGUCAUUCAAACUCAUCGGCAACAGCAUCAUCGUCUCGACCAUCGAGAUGCUCUCCGAGACCAUGACUUUGGCGGACAAAACCGGCGUUGGAAGCGAUCGCGUCUACGAGUGGUUGCAAGAAUUCUACCCCGCCCCCUCCGCAUUGGGCUACGGCAAGAAGAUCCUCGAUAGCAAUUUUCAGGGUGAAAAUGGGUUCACGUUGAAUGGUGGCAUCAAGGAUGCGAGUCACAUUAUCAAGUUGGGCGAAAGUGUGGAUUGUCCUUUGCCGAUCAUCGAGUUGGCUCGACAGCAUAUGGUUAGUGCCAGGGCGAUCGGUGGCGCGAAUUUGGAUUGGAGCAGUUUGAGCGCCGGCUUUAGGGUCACGGCGGGGGUGGAACCGUUUGAGAAGAAGGAGAUGCUCAAAAAGUGGGCUCAGGAGGAGGGGAAGCAGGGCGGUCCGUCGUCCUAG